UUCAGCUUGGAUUCAAUACAUCGGAUCGGAUAAGCCUCUCUUUCUUAACCUCACUUUCUCUCCCUUUCCCCCACCAUUGCCCAUAAUUCUAAUGCAAUUUUCUACUUGGACUUCAUCUCCCUUUUCGAUAUGAUUUAGAAAAUUUUUCCUUUCCUGCAGAUUUUUUUUUCUCCCCCUUUUCCCAUUUCUCAUCUAUAGAACAAAUGGCGGCAGUCACUUCAGUCUCCUUCUCUGCAAUUGCCCAAUCCUCUAAUGAUAGAAAGGCCUUUGCUUCCUCCAUACGUUCUUUUGCUUCCAAUUUCGACACUUUCAGAUUCCGUUCGAGUUUUUCUUGUCACUACACGGGCGUUAGAGCUUCAAAUUCUACUUCUCGCAUGGUUAUUCAUUGCAUGUCCACUGCCACAGAUGUGCCCACCGUAUCUGAGACCAAGUUCAAUUUUCUGAAGGCAUACAACAAACCAAUUCCAAGUAUCUACAAUACCGUUCUGCAGGAGCUGAUUGUUCAGCAACAUUUGAUGAGGUACAAGAGGACUUACCGCUAUGACCCUGUGUUUGCCCUUGGUUUUGUCACUGUGUAUGAUCAACUAAUGGAAGGAUACCCAAGUGAUGAAGAUCGAGAUGCCAUUUUCCAAGCAUACAUUAACGCAUUGAAGGAGGAUCCCGAACAAUAUAGGAUUGAUGCAAAAAGGCUAGAAGAGUGGGCUCGAUCUCAGACUGCCACUUCAUUAGUUGACUUUUCAUCCAGAGAAGGAGAAGUUGAGGGGACACUAAAGGACAUUGCAGAAAGGGCUGGGAAUGGGAGUUUCAGCUACAGCCGUUUCUUUGCCAUUGGCCUAUUUCGUCUGCUUGAGCUUUCAAAUGCUACUGAGCCAACGAUAUUGGAAAAGCUUUGUGCAGCCUUAAAAGUAGACAAAAGAAGUGUGGAUCGGGACCUUGAUGUGUAUCGCAACCUCCUUUCCAAACUGGUUCAAGCGAAAGAGUUGCUCAAGGAGUAUGUGGACAGGGAGAAGAAGAAGCGAGAAGAACGGGCAGAGUCACAAAAGGCUAAUGAGGCUGUCAAAAAAUGUCUGGGAGAACCACAGUAUGUGAGCUAGUGGUGCAGUCAGUUGAGGUUCCCACAACACUGAUCGAGUCCUAUGAAUCUAAUUAAUUUUUUUUUAUCGUCUUUAUUGAGGUAAAAUAUGAACCUCAGGUGUCUGCAGUGUUUUAUCAGCAUGUGGGGCUUGCAUUUUCAAGUCUCUUGUUCUGCAUAAGGUGACCAAGAUAUACACCAUUAUAAUUUCACCAAUGUUUGUAUAUUUCUUUUUCUUUCUUUUUGUUAUACCACAGAUGUAGCAUUUUCUUCUUGACUCC